AUGCGCAGCCUUUUAAAGGCAUUUUUACUUGCGCCGGCAAUAGUGUCGGCAUUGGUUUUACCAUCAAGUUCAAAACAAGAUGUUGAUGCCGAGUUCAAGGAGAAUGAUACCAAUAGUACUGAUGCUUAUACCAUUGGAUUCGUUCGCCUCGAUAUUGGUCAUGCAUUCUCAUCAGCUGAUAUGUCUCCUCUGGACCUUCGAAUUGAUAUUUUGCAUUCCACAGAAGCAUGCGGUUUUGGAAAUGUUACGAUCGAUGGUCAAGCUCUUUCACAAAUAUUCAAUCCAGAAACUUUAGUCUCGUCUGGAAAAGGUUCCGUUUCGACAUCAACAAAUAAACUCAUAGUUGGAUCAUGGUCUUUCGAUUGCAUCAUUAUUGAUGGUAAACCACAUGAGCAAUCUAUGAAGUUCAUGGUUGACUUUGUGGAGGGAAAAGCAUUUCAAAACGUCGGGUUUUCUGUUCUCUUUCGACAAACGGAAAAGACUGAAAUUUUGAACAUCGAAACAAUUUCUUCAGAAGAGGGUGAAUUUAUUAAAUAUCUUUCACGACAAGGUCAAUCAUUUGAUAAGAAACAUCAUAACGGGAAGGGUUCUGGAGAACAUGGGCACCAUAUUGGCCACAAGGAUUUCAAUAUUCACAAGGAAUUGGCCGAGCUUAGAUAUAUGAAAGCUCAGUUGGAAGAGUUGAAAUAUCUCAUUCACCAGAAGAAACGUCACAUCUCUAAGCACUUUCAAGAGAAUCAUAACCUUGAUAGAAUCAGAGAUUGUGAUAGUCUUCGAUGUGUUGCUAGAGUUAUUAGCGGUAGGGCUCGCAGAUUUUAUGAAAAUAUUGCUGGUUAUGGUGGUGAUGAGCAACACUUCCACCAUUCUUCAGAGUCACAGUCGGAGAGAGGCAGGAAACGUGGCAAGGAAUUUCACGGAAAGUUAGGUAAUCAUAAUCAUACAUCGGGGAAUCAUGAAUUUCCAGGAAAACCUCACGGCAAGAAUAAUCAUACAGAUCCACACUUUCCUCAUCAUAACCGACAACAUAUUCUUCCAGUUUGUCAUUAUCCUCCUCCUUUUGAUUUUCAUCCUCACAGUCGCCACCAUGAUAGACCACAUGGACCUCCACAUGGGCCACCUCCACAUGAAUUCGGUCAUCACAGAUUUGAGCAUGAAAGACACUCCGGAGUGCACCAUUUCCAAGAUGAUGAAGAGGGAGGAAGGCACUGGGAAGGACGUCCUAGACAUCCUGGUGGGCAUUACGGACGACCAAAUGAAGAUAAUUAUGACGAAGUAGAAAUGCCUCACCGAAAUCAUGAUGGCUUUUCACACAGACAAGACGAUUUUGACAGCGAAUCAGAAGGACGUCACAGAAAUCAUGCUAAACCAGAUCAUGGACAAGGACUAGCAUCAUUUGAUGCACCAGAUCUCGAUCAAUUUAAAGAACACCAUCAUGGACCUCCACAUGCUGGACCAUUUCAUGGUCCGGAACAUGAGAGGCCACCUCAUCCACACGAGAGACCACUCAAGGGACCUGAACACGAAAGACCACACGAUCCGCACGACGGAUUCCACCAUGGCCUACCUCAAGACGGUCCUCACCACGAAGGCCCGGUAAGUCAAGAAACAGAAAUCGACAGACCACAGCACGAAUCUCCAGAAGAUCAAUCAGCCUUCCACGAACCACCUCCUCACGAUGAACCUCACCCAGGUCCCGGACCCCACUUCAACGGACCCCCUCCCCCUAUAAUGGAAGAAAAUAACCACAUUCCACCGGGCGCAGGCAGACCACCGAAACCUCCUCAUUCCCCCCUUCACAUCCUCAAAUUUAUCCUCAUCGGAUUUCUCCUCUUCCUCUUAAUCAUUACUCUCCACCGUCGCACCUGCAACUCAACCUCUCAUAUGCAUUCAGACCGUCACGAGAAACAACAUCAAAGAAGAACUUAUAAACGAGCAUCCCGAUCCCAACAGGCUAGUUUCAAAUCCUGGUGGUUGCGUAUUACCAGAGGAGAAGAAUUCGAGGAAAAAGAUAGGGAUAGGGAUGCAUUACUUGGGGAUUAUGAUUCGGAUGUUGAAUCUACAUCAACACCAACAAUUGAUAUCAGCGACAACACACCAAAUCUUCACAAUACGACACAAGCAGCACAGGAGAUGGUUGCCGUAGAGGAUCCCCAUACCCAUUUGCUUUCUCCCAUCUCCCCCCCUAAUUCCCCAAUUCCUUCUCAUGCGCAAGUACCGGGAUAUAUGAAUCCUCUACUAAAUUUCAAUGGUUACACAAAUCAAAAUCAGAUUCAAAUUCAAACUCAAAAUCAAAUUCAAGACGAAGAUAUACUACCACCAUAUUCAGAUGAAGAUUCUAAUCAGAAUCAAAGCCACAAUCACCAUUACGAUCACAGCUACAAUCACCAUUACAACUACAACUUCAAUAAUAGCAGAAAAUGA